AUGAGCCUGAGAGGUUUGGGCUCAGAGGGUUGGGCUCAGAGGGUUAGGCUCAGAGGGUUGGGCUCAGAGGGUUGGGCUCAGAGGUUUGGGCUCAGAGGGUUAGGCUCAGAGAGUUGGGCUCAGAGGGUUGGGCUCAGAGGGUUGGGCUCAGAGGGUUGGGCUCAGAGGGUUGGGCUCAGAGGGUUAGGCUCAGAGGGUUGGGCUCAGAGGGUUGGGCUCAGAGGGUUGGGCUCAGAGGGUUGGGCUCAGAGAGUUGGGCUCAGAGGGUUGGGCUCAGAGGGUUGGGCUCAGAGAGUUGGGCUCAGAGGGUUGGGCUCAGAGAGUUGGGCUCAGAGAGUUGGGCUCAGAGGGUUGGGCUCAGAGGGUUGGGCUCAGAGGGUUGGGCUCAGAGGGUUGGGCUCAGAGAGUUGGGCUCAGAGAGUUGGGCUCAGAGGGUUGGGCUCAGAGGGUUGGGCUCAGAGGGUUAGGCUCAGCGGGUUGGGCUCAGAGGGUUGGGCUCAGAGGGUUGGGCUCAGAGGGUUGGGCUCAGAGAGUUGGGCUCAGAGGGUUGGGCUCAGAGGGUUGGGCUCAGAGGGUUAG